GAUCGCAAAGCUGCCCCGACUUCCUAUACGAGGGAACCUUUCACAAUUGAUGUUCUGAGAAAACAAAUUAUGGUGGCAGAGUUCAUUGCCCGGCAGAGUGGAUCGCCCAUCAAUGGUGAGACCGCGUGUCUGAAUAGCACAAUGCCGGCCUCCCAUACGAUGGCACACGCUGGACAUGGAGGACCUCACAAUGGCGCCCACGACGCCCAUGGACCACUUCCUCCAAUGACCCAUCCGAGUCAUCACAAUGGCCCCUUAUCCUUGCAGCAACAACAACAACAACAACAACAACAACAACAGCAGCAGCAACAGCAACAGCAACAGCAACAGCAACAACAACAGCAACAGCAGCAGCAACAGCAGCAGCAACAACAGCAGCAACAGCAGCAGCAGCAGCAGCAGCACCCUACACACGAUGGCCAAGGGGGCCAUCAAAGUCCUCAUCCCGACAGCUACAACAAUAACUUCGACUUGCGCAAGGAACUGUUCUCACAACGCAAGCAGCGCGAGUUCAUUCCCGAUAAUAAGAAGGACGACAGCUACUGGGACCGACGCAGGAGAAACAACGAGGCCGCGAAACGCUCCCGCGAGAAGAGACGCUUCAACGAUAUGGUGCUCGAGCAGCGAGUAAUGGAGCUUAGCAAGGAGAAUCAUAUCCUUAAGGCUCAGCUGGACGCGAUCCGCGAGAAAUUUGGCAUCUGCGGGGAAUCGGUGAUCAGUACCGAGCACGUACUGGCCGCGCUGCCGGCCGAGCCGACGCUCGUCAAGCGCGCCAAACUGCAAUCCUCGGCGGCUUUAUUGUACGCGAGGACACCGAGUCCAGUGCACACGUCGGUUAUCCAUCAGCCGGUUAGCGGUGCGCGCUCCCCAAGAUCGCCGGCCCAGCUCUUCGUCCCGGAGACAACGGCCUACCCGGAGGCGGAGAGCUUCCAGUACCCGUUCCCCCAUCCGGCCAUGCACACCUUCGACACCUCGAGCGCCCUGAAUUUGUCGAGGGGGCGCAGGGCCCAGUCGCCCUUCGAGCUCUCAUCCGGCAGCGGCGACGAGAGCGUGCAGAUGACGACCUCGCCGACGCUUAUCGUGAACGGGGCCGGCGCCGGCAACAGCCUCCCCCACAAGCUCAGGCACAAGUCGAGAAUCGGUGACAAGGACGCGGCUAGCGCCCUACUGGCACUGCAGGGCAUCAAGCAAGAGCCGGGCCCGAGGGCCUCGCCACCCUGGGACAACGAGGGCUCGAGCGACGAGAGGGACUCGGGCAUUUCGUUGGGCGCCGAGUGGACGGCGCCGAGCGUCCCCACGAUCCCGGAAAACGAGCGGGAAGUUAAGUCGCGGCUGGACCGCCUCGCCUCGGAGGUCGCCUCCCUCCAGUCGAUUUUACGCCUCGGCAAAGCCGGCGAGGGCCUCGUCACGACCACCUCCCAGGUGGCGAGCGGCGCGAACGUGAACGCCGUCACGGCCGCCCCAUGAAGGGCCGGACUAUCCGUCGUCGACUAUCAGCGACAGACUGACUGACUCUAGCCCAUGAUGACGAUGAUGUGAUGUUGCGUCGGCAGCGUCGACGCGACGGGCAGCCGAGUCGUGACUGACCGGAUGCUUCGCUCAAAAAUCUUCUCUUAUCCUUUUAUCUGUUUCUUCGACUUUUGCACAAGACUAUCCAAAGAUCCACUAGCGACUUUUCCGAUGAAUUUCGCGCCUUCAGCAGCUGUGGCCUUCUACGAAAUGGGAGAACAGAGAUGAUCGGACUGGACAUCGGGAGCCGUUUGUUCCGUUAUUAAUUAUGAAACGAAUGAUAUAUACUUCCUAAUCAAUGGGCCGAGCUUGGCGAUCUGGAAUUCGGUUUCUCUCCACGUGAAAGCAAGAGUGAGAAUUUACGAAUUACUACUGUGAUAAGGGAUUCCAGCGCCUCAAUUCGACCCAACAUUCUCCUGUAUAAAAAAUAAAAAUAAAAUAAAAUAACACGGAUACCUACACAUAUAGGCGUAUGCAUAUAUAAAUAUAAUGCGACGCGAAAUCGGUAUGGGCAAAUGUAGCGUUUAUCGAGCUUAUACGUCGUGAUCACCGUCCUCUCCACUUAUUCGGGGACUCAUACAUUUUGCACAUUGUUACACCCACGACAAUGCGUAUUACAAAGAUUCUUGGAUUGGAUAAGCCAGCAGACAUUUAAACGUGCGAGCGUACGUACAUAAGAAACGUGGAUACGCGUGUGCGCUUAAGAAAGGAAAGACAGACGUCUGUGUAUUUUUGUGUAUUAGCAUAUGUACUCGUUUAAAAAUAAUGUCUUUUGCAUCGCGUCUGAAUUUGCUUGAGAUACAUAAUACAAUAUGUUUGUACAUACUACACACCACGCGAUGAUGGAUAUUAUGUAAUAGUUUAUUAUUAAAUGGAAUGCUACUCAUACACGCGUGUGCGUGCAUAUUUCUCACACUGGUGCACCAACAUGCACGGGAGCGCGCG